GCCCCUUGUUUGAGUGCGCAGAGUACCGGAAGUUCCGCCCCGUCGCGAACUGGGACAGCAAGCGUGAUUGAUCAGCAGACAGCUGACCUCUGCGUCAUCUCCUGAUUUCAGCUCCUCCUACAGUGUAUGUGUGGCAACAACAUGUCUGUGCCGCUGCUCGCCGAGGCCGUGACGGUGUCCGGGACGGAGAAGGAGACCGCGGCGGUGAUCUUCCUUCAUGGAUUAGGAGACACAGGGCACGGCUGGGCCGACACGCUGAAUGACAUCCGGCUGCCUCAUGUCAAGUUCAUCUGCCCUCACGCGCCUAAAAUCCCCGUCACGCUCAACAUGAGGGCCCUGAUGCCGGCGUGGUUUGACCUCAUGGGUCUGAGCCUGGACUGUCAGGAGGACGAAGCUGGAAUCAAGAAGGCUGCAGAAAACAUUAGGGCCAUAAUCGAACACGAGGCCAGAAACGGGAUCCCCCCUCACCGUAUAAUCCUCGGUGGUUUCUCUCAGGGUGGAGCGUUGUCCUUGUACACCGCGCUGACCUGCCAGCAUCAGCUGGCCGGUGUGGUGGCCCUCAGCUGCUGGCUUCCUCUCCACAAGACCUUCCCUUCGGCGUCGAGCGGCAACAAGAACAUCCCGAUCCUGCAGUGCCACGGGGAGAUGGACGUCAUGAUCCCGGUGCACUUUGGCGCCAUGACGGCAGAGAAACUGAAAUUCAUAGUUAACCCUCAGAUGGUCACCUUUAAAACCUACCCAGGGGUCCCUCACAGCUCUUGUCCUCAGGAGAUGGCGGCUGUAAAGGAAUUUAUUGAGAAGUAUUUGCCCCGGAUUUGACCUCACCUCAUGUCGACUGUGACCCCUCCAAGACACUGACCUCUGACCCCUGAUCUGCUCUCCUCCUGCAGGAAACAGCCAUGAGCCCCCCCCCCCCCCCUCCUUCUUCCACACGUUUAACAGAUAGUUUAAUCCGCACAGCUGAACAGAGCUCCUCACACGGUCCAACCUGAAAACAUUCUGGGGCCGCGGCCUUCCCAGGGAGAAACUCCCGCUCUCACUGCACAUUCCCCCCUUUUUUUAAUUUAAAUCAUCUGUUGCCUCUGUUUUCCUUUUCUAUUUUACCGCGUCUUGCUUUGUUUCAUCAGCUUCUGUCCAUUUCGCCUCACUGCCACGCCGCCGCCUCGUCUGAUUGAAGACCAACGAGUCUGAUCAGCUCUGCACCACUUAGCCGUUUACCGACGUCUGUCGCUCCUCGAACGGCGACCCUCAAAUCCACGUUUUUGGUGAAGCCUUUUCAGACGGUGGUUGUUCAGACAUUUGAUCGACGGCAGAAUUUGGCCUUUUCCUCUCUUACAGCGGUCAGAAAAAACUAAACACGGCAAAUAUUUCCAAUCAACUUUAAAGGAACUAAAACCGGAUCCCAACACCUUUCCAGCUAUGAAAUAAGCAGCGACUCUUGGUCACAUCUCCAACAUCAGAACAUUUAAUCCGCAGCAGUUUUUGUUCGCUGCGCCAGAAUUUGUCCGACUUGUCGUAUCUUCACCUAGGAGAGUUUGAAGAUCAUAGAUCCGGUCGAGCCUCGCCGCCUCAGAACCCCGUCGACUUCUUACGCUUCAGACGUCGUGACGUGUUUAGCGACAGCAACACGUUCACCUGACCACGGCCAAUCAGAAAAGAGUAAGAAGCGCAGUUAGGACCCUGGCUGCCCGCUUUGUGUGGGAAGAAAAAAA